GCGAAGUAGAUUGAGAAACUCUGGUCAGCUCUGACUCCCAUCUAGGUCAACCCCCCCCACGAGUCUUAGCACCGUUGAUGCUCCAUGCGGCGCAAUGCCUCGACUUCUCAGCACCCAUUUGCUGCCCCUGGCGGCUGGACUGGCGCUGCUCUUGGAGGGCUGCGCUCCCGAACUCGACGUCCGCGCGCGGGGGCAAGGGCUGAGCCGAUGGCGAACAGCACCACAUUUGCCCAGCUUUUUAGACACCCACGAGGAGGAGCUCCGUCUCCAGCAGGGCGGCUGGUGGGGAUGGCUCGCCCCGCCGUGGCUGGGCCGCUGCGUCGUGGGCUACGUGAAGUGGCACCUGGCGCCAUCCGAAUCGCGCCCGGCACGGGGACAGACUCGAACAGGGCCCAUUGGGGCCAGGGAGUCCUCCCUACUUAAAUACACAUUCCGGGUGGCCAGGUGGUGGCCAGGUGGUGGCCACUGGUGAGCCACCAAUUGGUGGGGUUGGGACUGUACUACCUGAAAUGGUGUUCGACUGGGUGCUUGGUUCUGAACCAGAGCCACUGAGGGCCUCUCCGGUGGUAGGACUGAGCUUGUGGUGGGUUCCACAAACGCACUCGGUCUUGGACUUGCCGGCACAUUCGCUGGCAUGGUUGAACCAUUUGUGCCACCACUUUCUCUUACCGGGUCUCUGCUGACCAAGUGAUGCAGCUUGCAAACAUGAAGAAAUCCACAGGUUUGGAUGGCCACCUCGCUCGUGCUUGUUGUUUUGUUUGGUUCAUGUUCAGAAAGGAAGAUAAAGUUGUUUGUUUCUUGAAGUUUUGAAAGUGCUUCAGCGUUUUUCGGCACAGAACGUGAACACACCAAACUGACAGAACUCAAUUGCAGCAACACAUUGGAUCUCUCCAGACUUGGCAGCUCCUUGCCAGAAAGCAAGGAACAACCCCAAGAGAGAAACACGCUCUUCUCUCACAAAUUCUGCAAACCAGCUGCUCUUGGAAGCUUCCAUUGGUGGCUUCGUUGUCAAUUAUGUGGUUCAGUGGCCCUGGAUUGGUUGAUGCUUCACUCUGUUUCUUUUGGCCCACACGUGGCUGCAUGGCUGGACCUUCUUCUUCGGUGCCGGGCAGCGCACGCAGCGCACCCUGAGGCCUCAGGCAGCCUGGAGGGCGAAGUUCAACGUCUUGGCUUCGCUGGUGACGGAGGAGGAGGCUGUGGCGAUGAAACGUCUACUGGAAGAUGCACCCGAUGACUUUGAUGAAGAUAUCGACGGUGUGGAUAAGAUGAUCACCUACGAGUUCAUCAUCUCCAGCGCGGGCGCGCAGAAGGCGCACGACCCCGUGCGCUCCGCUCGGCGGGCGCAGCUUCGACGCAUCACCGAGCCCAUCCUGAGGGAGCGUAUUCAGCCCUUUGUUUGGGCACGUUACCCCAAAGCGGGUGCAGUGUGCCACUCAAUGAUUCGCAGAUAUCUGGAGAGAGAGCGGAGGACGCACGACACGCAUUGGGAUAUCCCUUCCUACGUCUCGGUGGUGGUCAGCUUGGACUCUUCAGGCCAAGACUUCGAGGGAGGCUUCUUUGUCACCACUGGCAACGGCGAGAAAUCCUUCAUCCCUUUGCAGAGGGGCGACACGGUGGUCCAUCAGUCCGAUUUGCUGCACGGCGUCCACGUGCGACACGGCGAGCGCUGGUCUUGGGCCAUGUGGUUCCAGGAUUCUUGGGACUGUAGCAGUCGGGCUGAAAGCUGGUGGCAACAGGAAGCUGAGGCUCGAGACCCAGUGGCCCAGACCCUGCGAGCGAUGCGCGCAGCGACGCAGCAGGAGAGUUACAGCUGGCUUCAAGAAGCGGCACAAGCGGGCUUCCCCAGGGCGCAGCUCUACUUCGGGAAGGCCCUAGAGGAUGGCUUGGCUCACCAUGCCCCAGAUCCACCGGCUGCCGCUGCCUGGUUCGAGCGAAGCCGCCUGGGCGGCGAGAUCGACGCCUGCGCCUCGGCCGAGAUCGUCGUCGAA